GCUAUGUUGGAGUGGAGCAGGUAAGAAUGAAGAUUCAUAGACAUAGCCCCUUCUGUACGAUGCUGAUGAUGAAGACACUGACCCCCAUCAUUGUGUGUUACAUCAUACUGGGAGCAGCCAGAGGUGAUGAAGUCUGCUAUGAAGACCUUGGCUGUUUCUCGGAUGAUCCACCUUGGGGUAAGACCAUCCCACGGCCAGAACCCAAGCUGCCCUGGUCUCCAAAAAAGAUCAAUACCCAAUUCUUCCUUCUGUCCCGGGAGAACCCAAAUUACCAUCAGACAAUCAGCGCCAGGAAUUUU